CAUCAGCAGUAUUUAAAAAAACACUUGAUAAAUAUUAAACAAACCUUAACAGUACAAGAAUACACCUCAAAGUUUAGAAAUUUGUCGAAGCAAGUUGAAAAAAUAUAUGAGGCAGAUAAAAUUCUCAAUUUCAUAGAAGGUUUGAAACUAGCAACCAAGGCAGAAAUUAGCUAUUGUGUAUCUAAAAGUUUGGAAGAAGAAAUUCAUUUGGCAACAAUAUUUAAUACUAUGAUAUAUAAUAUUGGCAAAAUAGGACAUCAAGUUUUAAGAGAAUCCAAAGUUAAUAAUUUGAAAAUAAACAUCUUAGAGAAUAUUGAGACAACACCAAUAGAACUUGAUAAGACUAAAGUAAAAAAAUUUCAAGGAUACAAAAAAUGA